AUGACGGGUAAAGGAGUACAACACGCUACGGCGGACGUCAACCGGACGGAGGCCCCCAUCACGCUCAAGGCAUACCUCAUGUGUGCCUUUGCUGCGUUUGGUGGUAUCUUCUUCGGCUACGACUCUGGUUAUAUCUCAGGAGUCAACGGCAUGACUUAUGUCAUCCACAUGAUCGAUGGCCCCGACGCAGACGUUAUGAGCUCUUGGAAGAAGUCUCUUAUUACCUGUAUUCUGUCUGCUGGUACCUGUAUUGGUGCUGUCAUGUCCUCUGAUUUCGCUGAUUGGAUCGGUCGUCGUACAACCGUCGUUCUUGGCUGCUUCAUCUUCAUCAUCGGUGUCAUUCUCCAAACCGCUUCCCACGGCCUCGGCCUCCUCGUUGCUGGCCGUCUCGUCGCUGGUUUCGGUGUAGGCUUUGUCUCCGCCACCAUCAUUCUGUACAUGUCUGAGAUUGCACCAAAGAAGGUCCGUGGAGCCAUCGUCAGUGGUUACCAAUUCUGUGUGACUAUCGGUCUCAUGUUGGCCUCUUGCGUCGACUAUGCUACCCAGAACCGCACCGAUACCGGCUCGUACCGUAUUCCCAUUGCCAUCCAGUUCUUGUGGGCUCUCAUCCUCGGUGGUGGUCUUCUCUUCCUCCCUGAGACCCCCCGAUUCUUCGUCCGCAAGGGACAACUCGACAAGGCUGCCCACGUUCUUGGUCGCCUCAGAGGCCAGCCUAUUGAGUCUGACUACAUCCAGAAUGAGCUUGCUGAGAUCGUUGCCAACCACGAGUAUGAGAUGAACAUCAUCCCUCAAUCUGGCUACUUCAACAGCUGGGCGAACUGCUUCCGUGGCUCUCUCAAGCAUCCCAACAGCAACCUUCGACGAACAAUCCUUGGUACCUCUCUUCAGAUGAUGCAGCAGUGGACUGGUGUGAACUUCGUCUUUUACUUCGGUACCACCUUCUUCCAGCAGCUGGGCACCAUUCAGAACGCCUUCCUGAUCUCCAUGAUCACCACCAUCGUUAACGUCGUCUCCACUCCCAUUUCCUUCUGGACUGUCGAGAGGCUUGGCCGUCGUACCCUGCUCAUCUACGGUGCCGCAGGUAUGGUUGUCUGCCAGUUCAUUGUUGCCAUCAUUGGUGUCUGCACCGACAGCAACGCCGCUGUCUCCGCCAUGAUUGCCUUUAUCUGCAUCUACAUCUUCUUCUUCGCCUCCACCUGGGGUCCUGGUGCCUGGGUCCUGAUCGGCGAGAUCUUCCCUCUUCAGAUCCGAUCCCGUGGUGUCGGCCUCUCCACCGCCUCCAACUGGCUCUGGAACCUGAUCAUCGCCAUCAUUACCCCCUACAUGGUCGACGAGGACCAGGGUAACAUGGGUCCCAGGGUCUUCUUCCUCUGGGGAAGCUUGUGCGCCUGCUGCUUCGUCUACUCCCUGUUCCUCGUCUACGAGACAAAAGGGCUUUCCCUUGAACAGGUCGAUAUGAUGAUGGAGGAAUCGACGCCAUGGACUUCCGCAAAGUGGGUGCCUCACGAGACAUUCGCUUCCAAGAUGGGCAUGGCCGAGGAGAAGAAGAAUAUUGAGCACGCUGAGCACGAGGAUGUGUAA